UGAUAAUAUUUUUAUGUAGUGUCUCUAAUCAUCUGUAAUUUUUGAAAAGUUGAAACAUGGAUUCUACUUCGGAUACUUUACAAAAGAAGUUGCAAGAAAGACGAAAAGCAAUGAAUAUAACGAUGCAAACAACUGAUUCAACAGCACUCGAUGUUACUACAAUCAAUAAUGAUGACAGUGAUGGUGAUGCUGAUAUUCCUACUAUUGGAGAUGAGGAGACAGCAUCGACUAGUCGUUUGAUUGAGAAACUAGAAUCUCGUCAUGAUGCUACACGUAAAAGACUCCAAACUUCCGAAAUGCUUCGUCCUCAAUCUGAUGUUCGACUUCCCACUUCAAGAUUACAAGAAUCACCCAGGUCUAUCACACCAGCUAUGUCACCUGGCCAGUCUCAGGAAUUAUCUCGUCCCCAAUCCGAUUUGGAAAGCACAUUCAACAGCACAUUUGGCACACGAUCUGCUGGAAUGUCCUUGCGUGAUAGAUUGCAAGCCAAGCUUCAGGCGGCUAAACAAAAGCGAGAGUUUUCUCAAAUGGGCGAAGAGAGAAAAAGAACUCAAAGAUUAAAAGAAAGGCUAAGAGACUCGAGCACCAGAUUUGAUGUUGAUCCAUUGCGUACUCUCAGUCGACCUGAUUUAGAAAAGGAGAGAGAAUUGGAAACCAGAGUUUUGGCGAAAUUGCAAUGGAAGAAGGUUCUACAGAAAGCUAGGGAACAAAUCGGUCAACCUAGCGAUAUUGAUUGUUAUGAUUUUUUCACGAAACAAUUUGAAGAAGUAACGGUGCAACCUGAAGUUGAAUCUCCUGAUGUGGCAACAACAGAUGAACAAGCGGAGCAGGUUGCUGAAGAAGAAAUAGAACAGGCUCCUGUAGUAGAAGAUCAACCUGAAACUGCAGCAGAUGCACAAGAUGAGCAACCCACAGAAGAAGUAGAGGAAACUGAUGAUGAAAAAAAGAAAUUACUUUCAGAGAUUAUUCCUGAAGAAUUAGAUUGGAAACUUUUCAAUAUAAUGUCAGCAGAAUAUAUAAGUUACAGAAUUCGAUUAGAAACAGAGCAACAGAUAAGUUUUGUUCCAAGUAUUCUGAACGCUCCUUCUGAGAAGAAAGUCCUAGAUAAUGCUGCACCUAUGUAUUUAGAAGAAGAAGGUUUUUAUGUUGGUUUGAUGCCAGAAGUUCAAAUACGGAAUCGAAACAUUCUUGAAAAUCGUAUACUCAGUCAAGAAAAACAAGACGAUAAGGCUUGGUUUGGAUUAGAUGGUCGUGUUAAAAUAUUACCAAGUCCUGUUCAAAUUCAUCCCAACAAACCGUGGGUAUCUGGACUUGAUGACAUUGAUCCAUCAAUAGAAACUAUCUACGUUAAAGCUUAUCAAACUUCAGUUGAUGAAAAAUAUUUGCAAGGUUCACAAGAACAUGAGCUACAGGUUGAUCUCGGCACAGCUGUUUUUCAUCACCAUCCUCUCAUGAGUAGAGAGCAUGUACUUGCAUCGAGUAUAAGUGAAAUGUAUGAUGCGUACAUUCGUCAUCGACAUAAAAACUAUGCGGUUUUUUAUUAUGAGAAAUUGAGAUCGUUACGGCUCGCACUGAAAACAAUGAAAAGAAAUGCUUCAGCUGCUGAUGGGGAGGAUAUCGCUAUUCUUGGGGGUCAAGAACUGCGGAUCCAAGAUUACCUGACUGAAAUUCGUCGUACCUGUCGACAACGCGAUCUUGCUGAAGCAUAUGAACGAGACCUGAUGCGAAAAAUAGUUGCUGAAUGGAAGGAAAUUAAGGCACUGAGAACAGCACAGGGAUUUAAUAAUUCCGGCAUUAAAUUAACUGUAAAAAAGCAAGAGGUUAAUCAAGAGUCAGAUAGACAGGCAUGGAUGCAAGAAAUUGAUGUACAAAUUCAAGAAUGCCAUGAGGAAUAUAACUACACAGUUCAGUAUCCUUAUAGAAAGCUACUGACUGAAUAUCAAAGUAGUUUACAAGAUUGGAAAAAGACUAGAAUAAAAUUGAAAAGACAACAAAAAAGUGAAUCUUCUGCAGAUCUUGGAAUGACAGAAGAAGAGUCUCUUAUUGUUGGACCAAAUCCUAAACCACUGAAGCCACUUCCACCUGCUAAAUUUGAUGAAAAUGCAGUUCGUGAACAACUUAUUAAUCAAGCUUUACAGCAUCGAAGAAACCCAGGUGAACCUAAGAUAUCAUUAGAAGUCACACACACUGGACCAAUUACACCAAAUGUACAACUUCCAGCGGGAGAGGCUACCAGGAGGAUUGCUGUUCAAAACUCUAGAUUGGUUGCUCGAGUAAAAUUCAAUGGCAGAGAUGUUUGUACUUCAGAGGAGAAAUCACUUACGUCUGAUUUUCGAGUUCAUUUUGGACAGAUUUUCAAAAUUUUAAUAUCACAAUGGCCAGAUUCUGUGAGGAUUCAAAUUUAUGAAUUAGGUCGAUUGAGUGACACAAUUCUAGAUGAAAUAAACUUGGCAAUUCCAGAUGGGUCGGUAAAUACGGCUAACGUUCAACUAUUUCCUGUUGAUUUUUCUAACGAUAAGGUUGUUAUAUACCGUAAUCAUGAAGGUGUUGGUAGCAGUACACCAUUCACUCUUCGUUCUGAUUCAAAUGUGCCAGUAUCACUUAAAACAUGUGGACAGCUCUAUGUUAGCAUAGCUUGGAGUUUGGAUGCCGAUGGAAGAGUUUUGGCCCCAAAACUUAUGAAUCCACGAGGAAAUGAUGCUUUUGAUGCUGCAGGAAGACCUCACCACGCAUCUCAGAUAGGAGCACAACAAAGUGAUGGACUUGCUCAAUAUAACUUGCAAGAUCCGGAUUUAAUGGCAUUGUGGUCACAAGAAGGAAAGCUUGAUCCAAAUGAUCCUGCCAAUUUAGGAAUGGUGACCUACACAAGUGCAAAAGAAGGAUUCACUUCAGCAAUGGAUUAUUUUCGCCUCGAUCAACUUCAACAGCAGUUUAAUUUUGUUACUGAUGAAGAAAUGGGUCAGGCUCGUAGGUUAAGAUUACUGGAGUAUAGAGCAACAGGAAUAUCAGAAUUUCGUAACUUGAGUAUGGUGCCUGCUAAUGAACAUGAAAUUCUGGAUUCUGCUUUUACUGCAUAUGAACGACACAAACGGGAAAAAGAUGCCUUAGGUGAAAUGGGUGAACGAAAAGUUGCAGCUGGAUCAUUAAGUGCACAUAGACUUGAAGUACUGAGAUUUCGACAGAAAGUCAGAGAUUCUGUGAUGAGAAGAUUUUAUACUGCAAGACAUUAUCAUACCCUCCAGGACAUGGUUCAUGAAGACCAAGUACCAGACAUAGGCACCCUUGGUUUGAAAAUUAUCAAAAUAGCUGAACCACGGCGUCCCUUGAAGCCAGUCCGCAGUGAAAGAAAGAAAGCAACAACUCAAAAUCUCACUGAAGGCUCUGUUUCUGUUUUAAUAACUGUUGUUCGGGCAUACAAUUUACCUAUCCGAGAUAAAACUCCCGUUCCUGGCCUUGAAGGAUCUUUAUCAAGAGCAGUUUUAGGCACUACUAAUCUUCAUCAACAGUCUCAAGAUGAGCGUGAACCUUUUAAAUUAUCACCAUUUGUCUCUGUAUCUUUUCAAAAUAAUGUGAAAGCAACAAACAUUGCUGAGGGGCCAAAUCCUAGUUGGAAUGAAGAAAUUGAGCUGCCGUUCUCAGCAACCAACAACGAUUAUACUCCAGAAAAUUUGCAGACCAUUGAUGACACAUUAUUUAUUAAUAUAUUUGACAGAGUUGUGCGGGAUGCAAAUGUAGACACAAGAGAUCGUGAUGAUGUUGGAGAAUCUUCAGGAGUGGCUACUGGAGUUGUUUCACAUAGAGUCCAGAAUCAUUGGCUCGGCUCACUCAAAAUUCCAUUCACAACAAUUUACCAACAGGGAAAAAUUGAGGGCACAUUUAAGUUGAAUGUUCCACAAGUUAUGCUAGGGUAUACUCCCGAUAGAGCGAAUUCAUCUGCAAAUGAUCCAUAUGCACAAAUGGAAUCACAAUUUCUACAACCAACAGAUGGUUCAUACAUUGGCAUAUUUGUUACCCUUGAACCCCAACUUGGCAGACCUGAACCUGUACCACAGAAAUUUGAAACUCAAGAGGAUGAGCGUUUGAUUUCAGAGUCAUUGAAAUUUGAAGAGGAAUGCAAAAAGAAAUUUCCAAAACGAAGAAUAAAAACAACGGUCAUUGAUAUUAAAGGAGAAUCUGUCUUUAUCACAAGAUAUGUGAAGCCGAUUGCACCUCCACCUGAAUUAUUAGAGGGUACGAGUCAAAACUCUCUUGUUUGUGCUGAAAAAUUAGCUCGAUAUGUCUCUCUCAUUCCAUUUGUAUCAGACAAUGUCAUAUAUGCUGGAAAGUGUGAUUUGUGGAGUACUUGCGAUCAGUUUCUUAACAUGUUAUGUGGAGAUGAAGAGGAACAUGCAAUUCUAUUGCUUAAUUUUUUUCUACAUAUUGGAAAGCAAGCAUAUCUUGUUCUUGGUCGGGCUAUUCCUGAAGGCGAAACUGCAUAUGUAUUGACUCUAGAACAAAGCCAGGAAUAUUUCUUAUGGAAUGCAAGUAAUGGUCACCAUUAUAAAGCGACUGAUUUUCUAUGUCCAUUACAAAAUGUAUUUGCUCUUGUCAAUCAGGAUAAUAUUUGGUUCAACAUGCAAGUUCAUGACAUUCCUGCUAGAGUUAAUUUCAAUACCAAUCAAGGAUGGAAACCUUUAUUCAAAUCGAUCUCAGCAACACAGGGAUUAACCUCAGUUCAGCCAGAGGUCAUUGUGUAUCCUGAAACAGAGUUAUCUUAUGUACAAAAUUUGGAAGAAAUGAUUGAAAGGACUCUAAAAGAAGCCAUGAUGGAUUGGAGACCUCGUCAUGUCACUCGUUGGAAUCGAUCAUGCUCUACAGCUCUACAUCAAAUUUUACGAAGUCUGGAAAUAGACAGGUGGAAGCUUGGUGGUGCUGAUGAUAGGCAAACACAGUCUAGAACCACCCUUCUUCAAGAUGAUCAUGCCGAGCGUUUGACAAGGCUUAUUGGUGAUGCACGUUUUGUUGGAUUUCCUAUGGACAUGCCAUUCACUGACAUAGAUGCUGUUGUUAAAGCUGUCCGCAGUACUGAAGUUCACAAAAUUCAGGACAACGAUAUAGAAUUUGCCCUUGGUGUUUAUAUCCAUCCUUAUCCAUCCUCUGUGCUAUGUGUGUGGGUUUAUGUAGCUGCUAUUAACGCAUCCAGGUCAUUUUGAAUAUAUUGUCAUUUUGAAUUCCACUUUGUUGUACAGACAAGUGAGACAUUGGAGAAAUAAUAAUUUCUGCAUGUCCAAUUUGCCCAGUUAAUAUUCUAUAGAUAUAAUCUUACAUAGUGUAGCAUCCUGACCGAUAUCUAAAGAAGUGUUUUAUUCGGCUUACUCCUAUUGCUGCUACAGGUUUUAAAUUAUUUUAUGUAAUUCCGUCUACGACUCGGUUUGCUAGUUCAAAUCGAUACAAUAUAAAUAAUAUUACUAUAUACACUUUUCCUGUUUUUUUUUUCAUAUUAGUCAAUUUUUUAUAUUUUCUAUCAAGUAUUUUUAAGUUUCUAGCAUGAAGAUUUCCGAUUAAUUAUUUAGUAAUAAAUAUAUAAUAUAUUUUAAUGAA